CUGAAUCCACACAGCAACAGCUUUUUUAAGGUUUCUGAAUUUGUUGGAAUCCACUUCCAUGGCAAGUUCAAUUCUUACAUGCUCAGUCAUCUUAGCAUUAUUGAUAAUUGGUAUUGUUUCUAUUCAAGUGGAGGCUAGAGCUUUCUUUGUGUUCGGAGAUUCACUGGUUGACCAUGGCAACAACAAUUAUCUAGUCACCACUGCACGAGCAGACUCUCCACCUUACGGCAUUGAUUUUCCGACUCAUCAACCCACCGGCCGGUUCUCCAAUGGCCUUAACAUCCCUGACUUCAUCAGUCAAGCACUUGGUUCGGAGUUCCUACUGCCGUACUUGAGUCCACAGCUCAUCGGACAGAAGCUGCUUGUCGGUGCUAAUUUUGCUUCUGCUGGAAUUGGAAUCCUCAAUGAUACUGGAAUUCAAUUUGUCAAUGUAAUCAGAAUGUUUCAACAAUUUGAGUACUUCCAAGAAUACCAGCAGCGAGUGGCUGCUCUCAUUGGAGAUGAACAGACGGAGGAACUUGUCAACGAGGCUCUUGUACUUAUCACAGUUGGUGGGAAUGAUUUUGUUAACAAUUAUUACUUGCUGCCAAACUCCUUAAGAUCUCAGCAAUAUGCACUACCAGCUUAUGUACAAUUCCUCAUCUCCGAGUACAGCAAAAUUCUCCAGAGACUAUAUGAUCUCGGAGCACGAAGAGUUCUUGUAACAGGCACAGGUCCACUGGGCUGUGUCCCUGCAGAAUUGGCUUUGAGAGGCAGAAAUGGGCAAUGCUCAGCUGAGCUGCAAGAGGCUGCAGACUUGUACAAUCCUCAGCUCACUGAAAUGAUCAAAGAACUCAAUACCCAAUAUGAUUCAGACAUUUUUAUUGCAGUAAAUACUCGCUUAAUGAAUGCUGACUUUAUCAGUGAUCCUCAAGCAUUUGGAUUCACGACAUCAAAAGAAGCUUGUUGUGGACAAGGGCCUUAUAAUGGUGUAGGACUAUGCACAUCUUCAUCAAACUUGUGCUCUAACAGGGAUGAAUAUGCGUUUUGGGAUCCAUUUCAUCCAUCAGAGAGGGCAAACAGAUACAUUGUUCAGCAGCUCAUCACUGGCUCAACUGAUUAUAUGAACCCCAUGAACCUUAGCACCAUUUUGACCUUAGACUCCAUGACCUAAUUCACGGAAAAUUCUUACGUCCACUCGGGUGUCUAUACAUUUCAUCAGUCCAAAAUCACCGACAUGCUUUUUCGAAUGAGACUGAUCAUAAUAUUAAUAUAUAUAGUUAUUUUGGAUUGAUCGGGUGUGUACGUCCAAGAGUAUUUUUCCUAAUUCAUUUAAUAAAUUGCAUGUUUGUUGUGGUUAUUAA